AUGACUACAAAAGGAAUCGCACGCGGCUAUGAUUACAUGAACGAGUCAUCAGUUAAUGAACAUAUUCUAUGUCCUAUUUGUUCACAUCCAUUGAUCGAUCCAGUAAUUACUCCAUGUGAUCAUAUAUUCUGUAAAGCUUGUAUUAAAUCUUGGAUUGACAAAAAAUCAGAAUGUUAUACAUGUCGAAAUGGUGGAAUCUCUUCGAAAGUUCUUCAUCCGGCUAAUCGUAAUGUAAUACUAAUGCUUGACAAAAUUCUUGUUCGAUGUUUGGCAUGUGAUGAAGAAAAUAUUCUACGAGGUGAAUUUGCCAGUCAUUUGGAAAACCAUUGUGUCUAUCAUCCACAGAAGUGUAUUGCUAGUGAUCUCAAAUGUCCUUGGGUUGGAUUAAGAAAUCAAGUGAAAGCUCAUCAAGCUGUUUGUGUUUUUGAAAUGUUGAGACCAGCUCUUGAAGACAUUAUGACACGACUUCAAGUCAUUGAGAAGGAGAAUAAGACUCUUCGAUUCGAAAAUCAUGAUUUAAAAGAAGAACUACUAGUUUUAGAGCGUAAUAAUGGCUUCAAAGCUAAAAGAACGAAUGGUCAUGCUGCUGAGUCUCGAGAUCAGCAUAGACAUAUAUUAAGUAGCGACGAUGAUAGAGAUGAAUCAACUCACAACAAGAGCGAUCAUUUGCCAGUUGUUCAACAGGUAAUUAUAUCAGAGUAG